UCAGGGAUAUGCACACCGUACGUAAACAUAAAUAUGUGGUGAUACUGAUUUCAUGGACGUUUUCAGAAAAACAAAAUCAACAUAUUUGAUUAAAUUGUGUAGAUUUUACAACAUAUUUAGAUGCAAGGCAACAUAAAUUUAUUGUCUUGAGCGUAAAAAGAUGCAGAUUUCUGAUUUCUUAGAUUGCCAGAAAUUUCAAUGGCUUGAAGAGAAAUCACAAGAACGUUUGCUUUUCUACGUUUUGCCUGCUGUUAUGCAUUUAGACUUCGCCUGUCGAUUUGUCUGUGGUCCCUGACAUCGUAUGUGCACCGAACAGAACUCUUUAUUGAUAUACUGAUUUCACAUCGAUGCAACUUUUCAGUUACUUGCAUGAUUGAAUUCUCUAGAUUUUACGAAAAAUUUAGAUGCAAAGUAACAGAAAGAUGAUAAAUCACAAGAAAUUGAACACAUCGCUUGAUUUUUUAUACAGAAAUGUAUUGAGGGCAACAAUAGAUAUCCCGAGAACUGGAGAAGUUAAUAUCCACUGCACACAUCUUGAUCAUCUCGAUGAAAACUGGAGAAUGAAGCAAAUCAGUUCAAUUCUUCGAUCAAGCGAUGCUCCACACAUUUUAGUCGGAGGACUCAAUUCCCUCGAUGAAACUGAUUACUCUGCUGAAAGAUGGAAUGAUAUUGCCAGGUAUUAUGAGGAGAUAGGAAAGCCAACACCAAAAGUUGAAGUGAUGAAGUUUCUCAAAGGAAAACAGUAUUCAGAUGCCAAGAAUUUUGCAGGCGAAUGCGAAUCCGUCGUCAUGGUUGCGAAAGGGCAAGAUGUGCAAGGGACUUGCAAAUAUGGGACGAGAGUUGAUUACAUACUAGCAUCACCAAAUUCACCUUACAAGUUUGUUCCAGGAUCAUAUGGAGUUGUUUCAUCAAAAGGGACUUCAGACCAUCACAUUGUAAAGGUUGAUAUAGUUAUAGAUAAGACUACCGAAAACACUAACCGAAAGCCAAAAAAGAGAGUUGUAAAGAUAGAUAAGGAUUCAUCAAAAGGAAUAUGGGGAACUUAUUCAUGAUUGUAGCUUCUCUUUAGCAACUUCUUACUUUUCUAUUUUUUGCUAAAAUGAUGUGUAUACCUCUUAUUAUUGAGUGUGUGAAGAGAGAGAGAAAAAAAAGCCUUAUUGUCUUUCUUUCAUGUUUUCUUGGAAGAAAGAGAGAAUGUCCAUUCUUGUAACUAUUUCAGUGGAAAUGAUUGUUAUGAACAAUACUAACUUUGGCAAUGGAAUA